GGCCUUUUGAAUUGUUAGUCUUGAAUUUCAAAGUUGAUCAAAAACAUCUACAUUUUUUGAUUAUUUCAAGCCUUAGACAACAAAAAAGGGUUUCUGUUAGCUAAGAUCAACUCAUAAAAUGGAAACUGUGGGUCUUGAGAAGCAUGAGCUGCCACCAACUAAUCAAAAACGAAUGGUCGCAUUCAUCAACCAUUUCGUGCUGAGUACAGUGAAUUUCCUGAACAAAUUCGCGUCUGACUGUGAGUCGAAAUUCAUUCAGUAUGAACAUAAAAUACAAAGUUUGGAAGCAUCUUUGUCGAUAGUGGAAGCCAAAAUAGCCUCAAUAGACACAUUGCAGAACGGAACAGUGGCCACUGAAGAGCGGCCUCAAGGAGUGCCAAUGAAGGAAAACUACUCGACAAAUGAACCGGAGAAUGCAUCUGUAGUAGAAGAAUCAUCCCGACAAGAAACCCCUGCGAAAGAUCCAAGGUAUGACAAAUAUAUCAAAAUGGUUCAAGUUGGGGUGCCCCUUCCUGCUGUAAAAAAUAAGAUCUGUUCUGAGGGUUUGGAUCCAAAUUACAUUGAUGCCUUUUUGUAGCCUGGAAAA